UCACUUUGUGGGUUUUUGUUAUUUGCAUGAACUUUCAAGCGCCAUGGGAUAUUUUAGUCCUUUGCAGAGCAGAAAUUUUGCCUGGUUCGGAUGUCGAACAGAAAAUGGUCACAAGGGAAAAAAAAGGGCAUUACACCAAUGGGGGUGGGGUUAUCUUGAGGCGAACGAAAAAAAAAGAACGAGUCAAAGUUCCGACGUUCCACUCUUUGAAUCCUUGGUUGAAAUUUUCGUUACUUCGUGUCGUGGUUGUCAAUGUCGGAACGUCAGGCUCAAGAAUUACUACAACAAGCUGAGAAGAAGCUUAAUGGAUGGUCAUGGUUUGGUGGUGGCAACAAAGAGGAAGAAGCAGCUGAAAUUUAUGAAAAGGCUGGCAAUACAUUCAAACUCGCGCAACGAUGGCCGGAAGCUGCUGAUGCGUUUAUGAAAGCGGCCGAGUUAUACAAGAAGAUUCCCGACGAACGAUAUGAGGCGUCCAAAGCGUUCGAAAAUGCAGCAAAAUGCCUAAAAAGGAAUGAUGCAGAAGGUGCAGUAAAAGCAUUGCAAGAAGCAAUUACGAUUGAUAAAGAUGGAGCCAACUUUCGAAACGCAGCAAAACACCAUCAAGAAAUAGCAGAAAUAUACGAAUCCGACGUGAUUGAUUUGCAAGGAGCAAUGGAUAACUGGGAUGCGGCUGCCCAUCUGUACAUGGCCGAUGAUUCUCAAGCCAUGGUCAACAAAUGUUUGCUAAAAGUUGCUCAUUUCGCUGCCCAAUUGGAACAGUAUGACUCGGCCAUUGAAAAGUUCGAAACGGUGGCAACGAAUUCUGUCGAUAAUCAACUGACCAAGUGGUCUUUAAAGGAGUAUUUCUUGAAAGCGGGUCUGUGCUAUUUGUGUACUCAGGAUACGGUUCGAACACGGCAAGCCCUGGAUAAAUAUGUGAGCAUGGAUUUAUCAUUUGAAAGUACACGUGAAUACCAAUUUUUGCAGAGUAUCUUGGAGUGUGUGGAAAAUGGUGAAGUGGAAAUCUUCACUCAUAAAGUCUAUGAAUUUGAUCAGUUGACAAAACUGGAUAACUGGAAAACGACAAUGCUUCUUCGCAUCAAGCGAACCAUUGCGGAAGAACCCUCUUUACUUUAAGAAACGCAAAUCUGAAUAUUCAAUAUAUAUAAUGCUGUCUUUUUUUUUUGUUUGUCGCCUAAAAUAAAAAGGAAAAAAAAACGACGUCGCAUGUAGAAAUCGGUCUCCAAGAUGGCGAUCGGACUUCUG